AUGGGGGGGCGAGACGACCCGCGAGCCGCGCGUUCGUCGCGCACGGCGAGAAACGGGCACGACGACGACGACGACGACGACGACGACGACGACGGACGCGCAUCGAGACCCAGGGAAUGUUCCGUGGAGGAGGAGGAGAAAGAAGAGGCGGAGACGGAGCUCAACGCGUGGGGGAUCCCGGUGCGGAGGUACACGGAGGAGGACAUCAUGAGACAAAAGUUUGUGGAGACGAUUCAUCGCGUGGAGUGGCGAGACCGGCGAGGGGGGGGAUUUAGAAAUCCAGACGACGUCGAUGAGCUUCGAUGGAACGAAUCGGACGAUGAGAAUGACGAGAUGGAGCUGGUGAAGAUUAUCCGAAGGAUCGAGGCCGAGAACGAUGGUGAACAGGACGAGGACGAGGGAACGUCGUCGGCGCGGGACGUCGUCGGCGAUUCGGCUCGGGCGGAGACGGAGGACGUGACGAGGAGAAAUCGUGAACCCGGGGCGUAUCAAACGUUGUUGUUUCGAGAUCGUGCCACCGAGGCGGACGCCACGGCCGAGGAGAGGGCGCAGUAUUUCGAGACUAGGAUGAAGAAUAUGCGUGGCGUUCCGCCAGAUUUGCACCGAUUUGUCAAGCCCGUAGCGAUAGAGCUCCCGAUCGGCUCUCGAGUGAAAAAAGUGUCGGGUGGUGAUGAUCACGCGCUGAUAUUGCUUGAGUCCGAUCCUGAAGUCUUGGAAGUCAUCGAUCCGACGUACACGGAGCACGAGGGGAGAGUGCUCGUGAUGGGCUCGGACGAGUUCUCGCAGCUCGGACUCUCCACGUCCACGGCGCAAGACAUUCCAGUGGCGCUGGACACGCUGGGCGAGGCGCGAGCGGCGGACAUCGCCGCGGGGGCGAAACACUCGGUCGUUGUCACCUUGGCUCAGGAGUGUGCGACUUGGGGUAAAGAUACGUCGGGGUGCACCGGCCACGGCUUAAGUGGGACGAACCGCACACACGACGUUCCGCGGUGGAUGUACUGGAUGACGAAUGCGACGACGAAAGUGGUUUCGUGUGCUGCUGGUGAUGCGCACACCUUCCUAAAGACUGCGUCGGGUCACGUUUAUAGCUUCGGAUCAGGGACUUACGGCCAAUUAGGACACGGAGAUGGCGAGACCUAUGCGAAACCAAAGCUCGUCGAGCCGAUCUACAAGCUGAGUGUAUCUUCCAUUGCUUGCGGAGGCAACAGCACCCUCAUCCUCACGAACGAUGGUUUGGUGUAUGGAUGCGGCUCGAAUAGUCACGGACAGCUCGGUUCUGGCGAUUUUACGUCCGUUUUUCUGCCGAGACGAUUGGCGCACAAUGAACUUGUUGGUGGAGUGCCGACGACGAUCGACAUCAAAGAAUUGUAUAUGGAUUCUCACGACAUCGAACGGCGUUUUGUUGAGGAAAUGGCCGCCUUGACAGUAAAAAGCGACUCUAAAACGCGCACGACGGAAAAUAUCCAAAGCAAAGUGGUUCAAGUCACGAUGGGAAAGGCUCACACCGUUCUGCUCUCAGAGCGAGGACGAGUUUACGUCUGCGGCAGGGGCGAUCGUGGUCAGCUGGGUUUAGGCACAACCGAGAAUCGGUGUUCAGUGACCCUCGUGUCGUCGAUCGUAAACGUAAGGAUCUCUCAAAUCGCAGCGGGUGAAGCACAUACCGUCAUGAUGACGACGUUAGGAGACGUUUUCGUUUGCGGUUCAAAUGACUUCGGACAACUCGGGGACGGUUCCGUGAAGAGUUGCAGUGAUCCGCAGAAGAUGCAGCCUACGAUAUCGAUGACCGAUCGAGUGGCGUUGAAGAAGUCAGAGAUAGAUGACCUUUUACGUCAUCCGCUGUACGGAAUCCAAGCAAAGCAGGUCUACGCAUCAAAGUCCUCGACGUUUAUCGUUACUCAGGACAGUAACACGCUGUACAUAUGUGGAAGUGGAGCGUUUGGUCACCCGACGAACACCACCCCGACGAAUCUGUCCGCAUUGACUCAAGAGCCCCUCACGAAGUGGAACGAAACUCAAGUGCUUGUGAUGGGAUCGACUUUUGCAAAUUUGAAGCUGGACGAGCACAUUUUUAACAACCUCGUGAAGCAAAUGGUGAUGUAUGGGCCGUAUCCGGAACAUGUUCUCGCGCACGUCUUCAAGACUGGGUUCGAAGAAAUACUCCUGCAUCCUCACAUGUGCAGCGUAUACGUAAAUAUGAUCAACGCGAUCGACAAACACAGUAAGGGUUGUACAUCUCUUUCGUUUCGGCGGGUCAUCAUGCAUGGGAUAGAGGACAUCGGUGUCCGAUUACUGAAGUGUCGAAACGAGGCGCAGCGUCGUCGUCUCCUCUCGCAUCUCGGACCCGUUUCUUUCCAAAAACUACAAAGCAGAGAUGUAAAAUUUGAUCUCCAGAAGAAACUGAACAGUUUCAUCAUGGAUAGUGCUGGAUACGAAGAGUAUGAGCUCUUCAAGUCCCACUGUAUGACGUUGAACCGUUUGGUACGAGAACUUGAAGAGGCGAAAAUUUUACUCGCAGAAGAUCUCGACGACAUGGCCUCUGGAUUCCUCGGGUCUGCGCACAGUAUAUCGCUAAUCGAUAGUGUAGAUGCCGGACACAAAGUCGAACUGUUUAAGGCCAUCGCAAAUGUCAAGAAGAAGGCGAAGGGGGCGCUGGAGGUUGAUCGACACACGGGCAACAUGCGAACAAAGGAGCGCGUGCCCGAUCUCCUGUCGACAGCCGCGGAAGAAGCAUCGUGGGGAUCAGCGACGUAUGGAAGGGAGGAUCCAAACACGUGGAAAGUAUACAAAGAAAAUUCACUGAAAGAAAGAGAAUUGAAAGCACUCACGCACGGUAUUACGGCUGAGGGGAAGAAGAGUGGAAACAAGGUGAGCGUCGACGCCGAAUCAAUGCUUUCCGCGUCGACGAGAGCUGUAAGACGAGUCAAGAUCGCUGAUGGGCCCAUGAAGGAUCUUCAUCAAACGUCUCGGACCUCAAGUGUAGCAGAUAUAGUAAGUAGACUUAGGCAGAAACAGUACGCUAGCGAAUAUUUUUGA